CUAUCUCGUUUUAAGACUCCAAUGAACUGACGUGAACAUAUCUGAUCACAAACGAAUCUUUUUUUUAUUUAACAAAUUUUCCAUAAAUUAUCAAAUAAAAGUAGUAUAGAGCGCAACUGACAUGAUAUCAUAUAAAAGUCAAACUUGGAUAGUAGUUGCUCUUACGGUUUUUACAAGAUUUCCGCAGUCUUUCGCGGCAAAGAAAAACUUUGUGACAUGCGGCUCAAUAGUUAAACUUUUAAAUACGGAUUACAAUGUGCGUUUGCAUUCGCACGAUGUCAAGUAUGGUUCUGGUUCAGGUCAACAAUCAGUUACAGCUAUCGAAUUGAAGGAGGAUGUAAAUAGUCAUUGGAUUAUAAAGGCACCUACAGACAAAUACUGUGAACGAGGAGAACCUAUUAAGUGCGAUGAAAUAAUACGUUUGGAGCAUUUAACCACCAAAAAAAAUUUACAUUCGCAUUAUUUUGCUUCACCGCUAUCAGGAGAUCAGGAAGUUUCGGCUUACGGGAACAAUGGAUUUGGUGAUACGGGAGAUCAUUGGCAAUUACUUUGUUCCAAUGAUGUAUGGGUGCGUGAUGCUCGCGUCCGUUUCCGUCACGUAGAUACGGGAGCAUAUUUAGGUUUGUCCGGUCGAUCAUUUGGUCGUCCUAUAGCUGGUCAAAUGGAGGUUGCAGGCCUUGGUAGCCUUCAUCGCGAUGGUACGCGAUGGACUACUGCGGAAGGUCUUUACAUAGCACCGAAAGAAAAAGAGGCUGAAUAUGCUCAUACUGAACUAUAAAUAAAGCCCCGUAAAAGCCUUUGAAAUUGUUCCUCUAGGUAGGACUCUAUUGACCUCAUGGUGUUUAGUUGAAUUGUAACAUUAAGUUAGAAAACUGGUCCUAACAACAAUGUGGCCCGUUAUGAUGGAGUUUUUUUAUAUAAACAAAAUUAAGGUAAACGAGUUUUAAAAAAUGAUAAUAAAA